AUGUUCAAGUAUAUAGCCCUAAUAGGGUUGGUUCACCAAGUCAAUGCACUCGUGCGGCCAGACGGUGUAGGGCGUCUCCCAGCACUCGGCUGGAGUUCAUGGAACGCAUUCGAAUGCGACAUCGACGCAACCAAGAUCCUAACGGCCGCAAGACAAACCGUGAAACUCGGCCUGAAGGACUCGGGCUAUGAAUAUAUAAACAUCGACGACUGCUGGUCUGUCAAAACCCACCGCGAACCCAUCACAAACCGCAUGAUCCCGGACCCAGCCAGAUUCCCCGACGGAAUCGCCAGUCUAGCCUCCCAGAUCCACGAUCUCGGGCUUAAAGUAGGCAUUUAUAGCAGUGCCGGGGAGACUACAUGUGCCGGAUACCCAGCUAGUCUAGGGUUCGAGGAUAUCGAUGCCGAGACGUUCGCUGAGUGGGGGAUUGACUACCUCAAAUACGACGACUGCGGCGUCCCACCCGAAUGGAAAGACGAAUACACCUCCUGCGUCCCAGACACAGCAAACAAACCAGGCCCCUUCCCCAACGGCACCUGUCCCGAUAUACCAAACCCAGCACCAGCAGAAUACAACUGGGGGGCCUCGAAAAGCGCCCGGCGCUACCGACGCAUGCUCGAUGCCCUCAACAAACACACCAAAAACCAAAACCAAAACCAAAACCGUACCCGUACAAUCCUCUACUCCCUCUGCAACUGGGGCCAAGCAGGGGUAAACACCUGGGGAACCGAGACAGGCAACUCAUGGCGAAUCUCCGGCGACAUCUCGCCUGGACGCGGGGAGACAGGGCCCGAUAGAGUCCGGAUAGCGGACUGGACCCGUAUCGCGGAGAUUGCGAAUGAGGGCAGUUUUCUGGGCAGACGGUAUGCGGGCUUUUGGGGGUGGCCGGAUGCGGAUAUGUUGGAGGUUGGCAACGAGGAAGGGAACUUGACGGCGGCGGAGAAUAGGGCGCAUUUUGCGCUUUGGACUGCCAUGAAGAGUCCGUUGAUUAUUGGGACGAAGCUGGACACAAUCCAAGCAGAACACCUCACGAUCCUCAAAAACAAAUACCUGCUCGCCUUCCACCAAGACCCGCUUAUCGGCCGUCCCGCAUACCCCUACAAAUGGGGCUAUAACGAUGAUUACACAUUCGACACUGCUCACCCCGCAGAAUACUGGUCUGGGCCGUCGUCCACGCUCCAUGGGGCACUGGUGCUUAUGCUGAAUUCAGAAGAUGGGGUCCGUACCCGGAGGGCUGUUUGGAGUGAGGUUCCGGAGCUUUGGGGUAGUGGGGAUGCGUAUGAGGUUGUGGAUGCUUGGACGGGGGGGGAGUUGGGGUGUGUGCGUGGGGGAUUGAGUGUUGAGUUGGAGAGCCAUGAUGUGGCUGUUUUGGUUGUUGGGGAUGUUUGUUAG